AUGGCUUGCGAGAUGAAUAAGCGAAAGCGACAUUCAAGACAAUUCAAUCUGCGAUUUGUUUGGAUUGACGAACAAAAACACUUGUCUCAAGCAGUUGUCGCAUUGGCUCAAAACGUUGGUCUAACGGAAUUAACUGAAAAUGAUAUCGAGAUCUCACACAGACUGGAUCCAGGCAAACCAGGAUAUAAUCGUGUGGUAAUUGCUCGUUUCCAUUCCUGUGUUAAAGGUCGCUCUCCAUUAAUCAAACGAAAAGAGUUGAAGCAGUCUAGUGCUGUUGUCAUCUAUGAAGAUCUCAUAAAAGUCGACAAACAUUUACUUGAUGAGCUGAAGUAUCGAUCAGCAGAGGACGAUAGAAAGUAUGCAUUUACGAGAAAUGGGCGUGUCAUGUACAAAUAUGAAGAUAAAAAGGUUAGUUUUAUUGACUCAUAUGACGAUAUUGAUUAUUUUUUGCAAUGA